UGAGGGUGGGGCUGAGUGAUGCUGAGGGCGGGGUGAGGCCGUUCUGUCCUUCUCGCUGUGCUAUCAUGUUGCCAGGGGGCAGGCGGCUCCGCUGAUAGGUUCCUGCCUGAUGCCUGCCCCCUGCCCCCUGCCCAGAGCCGUUCCCGGAGCCUGAGCCGCUGCAGUCCCCGGAGGGAGAGCGGCUGGGAGCGGGAACCCGGGUCCCUGGCAGUGCCGUCCCUGAAGCCCGGGCCGCUCACCCGCAGCGGGACAACUCUGAAACUGAAAGGAAACUGAUGCAGAGACGGAGCGGAAAACAAAGUCAGCAAUUUCAAUCACCAUCAGCCGGGAUCGAGGGCGGGCUCUGAGUGGAUCCCUGACUGUGUGGCCGCAUAUUUGGGAUCUGGAGGGAUCAUGUCGAGUGGUGAGAUCGUCCAGGUCCCCGAUGAUUCCCAUUUCAGCUCGUUCCGGGAACAAUGCGAGCGUCAGGAAGGCUGGCUGGUCCAGUACAACAAGGGAGGUACCACCGUUUGGAACCGGCAGCCCGAGGAGAACAGGACUGUCCAGAAACUGAAGAUGAGGAUUAACUGCAAAGAUGUUUCAGCUGCCACCCUCUAUGAUGUGCUCCAUGACACACAUUACAGGAAGAAAUGGGACACCAAUAUGAUUGAGACCUAUGACAUUGGUCGGCUGACAGUCAAUGCAGAUGUGGGCUAUUACUCCUGGAAAUGUCCAAGUCCACUGAAGAACAGAGACUUUGUUACUCUGCGUUCUUGGCUGCCUCUUGGCAAUGACUACAUGAUUAUCAACUACUCUGUGAAGCACCCAAAAUAUCCCCCAAAGAAGGAUAUUGUGCGAGCAGUCUCACUUCAGACUGGCUACUUGAUCAAAUCAAAUGGAGCUAACAGUUGUACCUUGUACUAUCUAACCCAAGUGGACCCAAGAGGUUCAUUACCAAAAUGGGUUGUGAAUAGAGUUUCCCAGUUUGUAGCUCCCAAGGCUAUGAAGCGGAUUUACAAAGCCUGUUUGAAAUAUCCUGAGUGGAAGCAGAGACACAACCCUAACUUCAAGCCCUGGGUGUAUCCUGAGCAGAACACGCUGCCGAGUCUCAGUCUUUCGGAACUCUCACUGCAGCACGCCUCAUCACUAGAGAACAUUGACGAAAGCAGCUUGUCGGAGGAGAAGGUUCACAUCAGUGAUGAGGAGGAUAGUUAUACGAAGGACUCAUAACACACAGGAACAAGAGAGUUUAAAAGAAUGCAAGUGAUAGAAUCAUUUAUGUGGAAUUAAAGACUCAGUAUCCCUUUUACAUUAAGUCGCACAUCUAAACCAAGUGUCAGACUAGUCUGUCUCUGCAGCAAUGAAACCAUAUAACACAAGACUUUAAAAUUAUUAACAGUUCGGUGUGUCUUUAUUGACAAACACUGCAGUUAGAUCCAGGAUUAAGCUACUUUGAGUAGACACUAAAGGUUUGGCUGCAUUUUCCAUCCUGGUCCCUCAAAAGACAAUAACCAUCCUCUAUCGUGUAACUCUGCGAUGUAGGUUAUUGGGUGUAGAUGGAUUGGCUUGCGAUUUUGCUACGUCAUUGUGUUUCUUAUUUUCAUUCAUCACAAAAGAAGCAAGCUGUUCCCAUUCCCACUGAGCUUUGGCUACGUUUGGAUGCUGCUUCUAUUGGAGAACACCAGCAAACAGUGAAGCUAAUGUCAAAAGGGAUACUGCCUCUUUUAAAAUCCUUACAGCCUCCAUUAUUCAAUCAGACUCCUUCAAAGGCACCAGUUGGCAGACUCAUCCUCACCAAACUGCAUUUUAGGAUUUACAAAGAUUAAUGUUUCGUCUGAUUCAAUGACAUGAACUACAUGAGAAACUUUAACCCUCAUUUGUAUUGUUAUUAUUAACUGCUUCCAAUUGCCAGUUUAUAAAAUGAUAACUUAGUGGGCUUUACUUGUUCUAUGUUGUAUGAUUCUAAGCCUCAAACAAGACACACUCUUUGUUUUCUCUAGGCUAUGAAGCGGAUUUACAAAGCCUGUUUGAAAUAUCCUGAGUGGAAGCAGAGACACAACCCUAACUUCAAGCCCGAGGUGUAUCCUGAGCAGAACACGCUGCCGAGUUUCAGCCUUUCGGAACUCUCACUGCAGCAUGCCUCAUCACUAGAGAACAUUGGGUGGCAGGGUGGCUCAGUGGUCAGCACUGCUGCUUCACAGCACCA